GGUUGGCAUCAAUAAAAGCCAUUAAAUUAGAAAAGGUUGAAUCUAAGCCAUCUAUUUCACAAAAAUGUCUUAUAGAAAAGAAUAAGGAAAAAUUAAAAAAGGAAGAUAUAGUUCAUUAUCUUCUUGCUAAUACUGAAUGA